CGCCCCCAUAAGAUACGUCAGAGCUGGCAGACCUUCCCUUCGCAACUCUCUGCCCCGCGCUAAUCAUCUUAAACCCCCCAUUCUUCCGUUGGGGACUCUUUACUUGCAAAUGUUUCUUGUUUCGAUCUGAAACCCCUCGGAAUCGAGUUGGGGUGCCGAUGCGAUUGGUGGCACGCUAACCGGGUGGGCGCUCUAUACACAUUUUUUUCCCCUGCUAAACGCCGCAGCGAGAGACAUGAUCUUUUGCCUUACCAAUGGCGACCGGAACUGUCGAACAUUCGGCACCAACUGAGGUGCAGGGCAGUUCUUCCGCUUCCAGAAGCCAGACCAUGCGCUCCAACGACAUCCACGAGAAGGAGAAGCACCUCAUCCACCCCGUCCGUCGGCCUCCGCAACGUUCCACGAAUCCCUUCCUGAUCAACGAGCGCCGGGACGAUAAACAACUAUGCAUCUCCUCGAGAAGCUUACAUGUGAACGACUUUGUGUUGAUAAAGACGCUAGGAACUGGUACUUUCGCACGAGUAUGGCUUACGCGACUGAAGGAUGAGACGGACAAGAGUAAAGUGUAUGCGCUGAAGAUCUUGCGCAAGGCCGACGUGAUCAAGCUAAAGCAGGUUGAACAUGUGCGCAAUGAACGCAAGACCCUCGCAGCCGUGAUCGGACACCCUUUCAUUACAUCCCUAAUCGCAUCCUUCUCGGACGAGCAGAAUCUCUAUAUGUUGUUGGACUUUUGCCCUGGCGGUGAGAUCUUCACUUAUCUCCGACGAGCGCGACGCUUCAACGAAGAGACCUCGAGAUUCUACGCUGCGGAGAUCACAAUGACCAUCGAGUAUUUGCACGAUGUUCAGGGAGUUGCCUACCGCGAUCUUAAACCCGAGAACAUCCUCCUCGACGCGGACGGCCAUAUCAAGCUUGUCGAUUUUGGAUUUGCAAAGCAGGUCGACAAUCGCGAGACUUAUACGCUCUGCGGUACUCCCGAAUACCUCGCUCCAGAAGUCAUCCAUAACAGCGGUCACGGUCUUGCCGUCGAUUGGUGGGCACUCGGUAUUCUGAUUUACGAAUUCCUUGUCGGACAGCCCCCCUUUUGGGAUCAGAAUCCCAUGCGUAUUUAUGAGCAAAUUGUCGAAGGACGACUGCGCUUCCCGCCUAAUAUGCCCCCAGCGGCGCAGAACAUUGUCUCACUGCUUUGCAAAACCAAUCCGUCGGAACGUCUGGGCCACAUUUCCGGCGGCUCAACUCGAGUCAAGUCUCACCCAUUCUUCCAAGAUGUGGCUUGGGAUGAUUUGUUCUACCGGCGCGUCAAAGGCCCGAUCAUUCCCCGAGUAUCACAUCCGGCGGACACCGGAAAUUUUGAGGAGUACCCGGACUCCGACAACCGCAAUCAGAACUUGUAUACCGAUGACUUGAAGAAGAAAUAUGAGCCUCUUUUCAGUGACUUCUGAGAGGCUGUACUUUCAACCGUACGGUUCUCGGUGAACCAGAGAGGAUUCAUAUCUUCUCGGUUUGUUUCCGGGCUUUAUCUUUCUCUCUUCAUUUUGAAGGCCAUCACGACACAGACAUGGGAAAUAUGCAACCUGUGUUCCAACUUCUGCCAACAUGUUGGAUCCAACUUAGGCGGCCCAGCCAACUUAUUUUUUUGCUCCCGCUCACAUAGUAGCAAGCUGGUCUCACGACCAAGGCCCACAAGUCCGCCUGAACUUCAGUCCAGCACCUUCCCUGGGCUCAUCUCACGCUGACGCUCACUUCCUUCCCGUCUCGUCCCAUAAUCACCCCUAACCUCCCACCUAUCUUCAUUGCACAUCCUUUCCAGCUCAUCUCUACAUUAGUGGAGGGUGCAAACGUCUGAUUACUGCGAUUUAUAAUCAUCGCUUUACAAUGUAUCUCAACGUGGCGGUUCACUUUGAAGCAAUUAGUACAUAUAGCGUGUUCAUCUUGAUUUAUAGCAUGAAGCAUGUCACUUUUCGGGCACAAUCUUCCCCUGGCAGAGACAACUAGUAUACCGUGAUGGGAUGAGUUCUGCUUCAGACGCUAGAAGUCUGGCUAGACCUUGUUCACAGUAUUCAAGGUCGGCUGCAACUCGAUAUAUCACGAGAAGUCCAGGACACAAUAAUCGUCAAACAAUGUUUCACAUUUGAAUGGUGGACUGACUAGUCCACGAGAGCAACAUUCGCCCGUCUAUCAUUUAAUAAGCUAGCGCUGCUAUCAUCUAACAAUUCCAGGUAAAAAGUGUAUAUCACAAGAAGAGAGAUUAUAGAAAUCGUAUGUACUGGGGUUCGUCAAACAUGGGUCGCAAACAGGGUGACUGUCAUCUCUGUGGGAUGGGCAACAGAGGUUUCAGAGUUUAGGCCUUCCAAUCAGACAAUAGGUUGAGUGAUAUCCCAGUCCCAGUCAGAGAAUGUUGGAAAGCUCGAAGACGCCCAGGAACCAAGUGCGGUGCGAGUGUUCAUAGGCAGGACGGUGUGCAUGGUGAGGAUUGCUAUGACCUGCGAGCAGAGGCCAGGCUUAGGGAAGUAGGUAAGGGUGGGAAUCAAUUGCCUGGGUGAAUUGAGGAGACAAUGGAAGAUUGGUGCCAUAUGUUUCAAACACGGGCAAAAUGGAACUCAAGACCACGAAUCGUGCAAAGAGUUUGAGUCUGGAUUUGAUGGGUACUUCGAAGUAAGACUUGUCUCAUAGGGAAGGAUCUGUCUUCCAUGAG